GUGUGUCCGCUCUCUUCUGUGUGAAAACUGGAAAAGAACCAAAAGAAAAAAGCAGAAGUUUCUCAUCUCUGGUGACGGGGGCGAUAUUUUUAUCUUGUUUCAUGAAAUUAACAUAAUUAUUUUGUUUAAUUUCAAUAAAAAUUGUUCACCAUGAAUCUAUUUAGCAGUACAAAAUGCAUUUUCUUCCAACUAAUCAUGAUCUUUUAUGUUUUCUACAACCCGACCGACAGCGGGGCUGUUGAAUUAAAUAGUCAAAACAUUGACAUGACUCUAGCAUCAAACGAACUGGUUUUUCUUAACUUCUAUGCUGAGUGGUGUCGUUUUAGUAACAUUCUUCAACCUGUAUUCAAUGAAGCCGCAGAUAAGGUACGAGAAGCAUUCCCUGAAGCUGGAAAAGUUGUUCUUGGCAAAGUAGAUUGCGACCGUGAAACAAGCAUUGCAUCACGUUUCCACAUCACAAAAUAUCCAACACUUAAAAUAGUACGCAAUGGACAAUUGACAAAGAGAGAAUAUCGUGGACAGAGAUCAGCUGAAGCAUUUUUGGAAUUUGUCAAAAAACAAUUGGAAGAUCCAAUCAAAGAAUUCCAUUCGCUAAAGGAUCUAGAAAAUCUCGAUUCGAAAAAACGUAUUGUUAUUGGUUAUUUCGAUCGUCGUGAUCAACCUGAAUAUAAUACAUUCCGAAGAGUUGCAACGAAUCUUAAAGAAGACUGUCAAUUCCAUGUUGGCUUUGGAGAUUCAUCUAAAGCAAUGCAUCCUCCAGAACAAAGUGAAGGAGAAACAAAACCUAUAGGAACUCCAAUUAUUGUUUUUAGACCCGAUGUAGCUUUGUCACAUGAAAAUGACGAAACCUACAAGGGUGGUCUUGUCAAUUUUGAUGAACUUAAUAUUUGGGUACAGGAGAAGUGUGUUCCUUUAGUGCGAGAGAUAACUUUUGAAAAUGCCGAAGAAUUAACUGAAGAAGGCUUACCAUUUUUGAUAUUGUUCCAUAAUCCUGAUGAUACUGAUUCUAUCAAAGACUACAAAGCUAUUAUUGAAAAUGAAUUGCUCACUGAGAAACAAAAUGUUAAUUUCCUAACUGCUGAUGGCAAACGUUUUGCUCAUCCACUCCAUCACUUGGGAAAGUCGGAUGAUGACUUGCCACUUAUUGCCAUUGAUUCCUUUAGACACAUGUAUCUUUUCCCCGAGUUCAAAGAUAUGUACAAACCAGGCAAACUAAAGGAGUUCUUACAAGAUUUGUAUAAUGGAAAACUCCAUAGGGAAUUUCAUUACGGACCUGAUCCAACAAACGAUCAAGAUAAUGAUAUUCAAAUCAAAUUCAUCACAUCGCCGCCCGAGUCGACAUUUAAGAAGCUUGGUCCUUCGAAAAAUCGUUACACUCUACUGAAGGACGAAUUAUAAUUUAAACAUCUAUUUUAGAUUACACUUUUGAUCCCUUAUAGAUUCUUAAUUUCUAUUAUUUUUUUUAGUUGAAUUGUUUGUUCUCUUCUUCGAUGUAAAAAGAAAACAUGUGGUUAUGUGUGAUGAGUCUUUUGGUUCUGAUCAGCUGAGCUGCUGUAGAUUAUGUGAACAAAAAACAUAAUUAUCGGCUUUUUUUUGUAUCUAUUUGCUUUGAAAACAAAAAUGUUGAUUUAAAUAUUAUUCCGUAUAUUUAACUUUCAUAAUAUUCUUAUCUCUGAGCUGUAUUCGUUUCUUUUUUAUAAUUAUUACGGUGCCUAGAAAGAAAUCCUGCUUUCUUGUACUGUAACCAACUUAAUUCGGCAGUCGUGUUUAGGUUCUUUUUUAAAAUAAUAAUAUAAACAUCGUAAUAAAUACUACAGUUGUAAAUAUAUAUUAUAUAAAAUC